GGAACAGGUGUCCUGGGCACGUCAAGAUGCAGCCAGGCCUCUGGCUGGUCCUCGCCUGGCAGGUUGCAGCUCUCUCUGCCCUCCAUCAACCCCCUAAGUCCAUGAUGGUCCUGACCAACCAAAUGGUGAAACUGUCCUGUGAGAUGAAAAUCUACACCAAGAGUACGCCCAUCUACUGGCUAAGGCAGCUCCAGGGCCCCACCAAGGACAGCCACUUCGAGUUCCUGGUCUCCUGGAAUCCCACGAAAGGGAUUGUGUAUGGUGAAGGGAUGACAGCAGAAAAGCUAACUGUGUCUUCGGAUACAGCCCAACCCAUUCUCAAUCUGACGAGUGUGAAGCCUGAGGACAGUGGCAUCUACUUCUGCAUGAUAGUUGGGAGUCCUGAGCUUAUCUUCGGGAAGGGGAUCAAGCUGAUCGUGGCUGAUGUCCUUCCCACCACUGCCCAACCCACCAAGAAGACCAUCCUCAAGAAGAAACCAUGUCGGGUCUCCAACCCAAUGGCCCAGAAAAGCCCAGCCUGUGGCCUUGUUACCCUCAGCCUACUGGUGGCUGGCAUCCUGGUUCUGCUGGUGUCUCUGAGUGUGACCAUCCACCUGCACUGCCUUCAGAGGAAAGCCCGAAUUCGCUUCAUGAAACAGUAA